AUGUACAAAAUACCAUUUAUAGUUGCAGACAACACAUUUAGUCUUGAGUUUAUGAUGUUCGAAAGAAGAGCUACUGAACUUAUUGGUAAGAGUGCUGAAACAUUAAAGAAAUACAAUGAUCCAGAUAUAAUUCCAAGCGACAUUUCACAAUGGAUUGGCCACAAGUUCACAUUUGUCGUAAGGAUUCUACAUAAAAAGAGUAUGAGGACUGAACAUCCAUCAUUUGAGGUCCUGUUGAUAAAAGAAUGCCAUGGAAAGCAGGAAGUUCUCCCAUUAUUAACCACUCAAUCAUGUGCACAAGGAUCAGGAACAUCAUCAGCUUUGGUUCCAACCAAGGAUCUACCUGAUCUAAUGACUAUAUCUUCUAAAACACCAACAGAUCAGGAACUUGCAAUGCUAACUCAAUCCAUAGCAGAAUUUGAUGAUAUGGACAUUGAUAAGUCACCAGGAAAUUGGGAUGACACACCAGCUGCAACUAAAAGAAGGCCUUAUGAUGAUAUUGAGGAUGAUGACAAAAAGCAUGUCUUUAAGAAAGGCAAGAAACCUGAUAUGCAGCCAUCAACCAAGUAAAAAAUUACAACAGAUAUUGGCCAUGCAACAACUAUUUUGAUGCUUACUUCAAAACCACCUUUUGUCGCUUCCUGUGUCCCAGCCAAACACACCAAUAUCCAUACUGCUUUUGUGACAAACACAACUAUAUUCACAAUGCUUUGGAAGUGGCUCUUCUUUUGGUGUAUAUAAUGCCAUCUUCUUACUCUGUUUCUUCACAAGUUGGGUUAUGUGAUAGUUCAAACACUAAAUAUCCCUCUUGCGAAUAUAUUUAUAUAUUGUGUGUCGAACCAUGAACUAAUAUGAACAUUUAUGUAUAUA